CGCUCACAGACUGAAAGUAAUUUAUUGAGAAAAUCUUUCACCUCGCCUCAGUGUGGGAAGAGUUUCACAGAAAAUGUAAUCCUGAAGAGACACAUGAUAAUCCACACUGGAAAGAAGCCACACACAUGUGAUCAGUGUGGGAAGAGUUUCACGAAAAAAAGAGGCCUUAAUGUACACAUGAAAAUCCACACUGGAGAGAAUCUGCACACAUGUGAUCAGUGUGGGAAAAGUUUCUUAAUAAAAAGAGGCCUUAAUGUACACAUGAAAAUCCACACUGGAGAGAAUCUGCACACAUGUGAUCAGUGUGGGAAAAGUUUCUUAAUAAAAAGAGGCCUUAAUGUACACAUGAAAAUCCACACUGGAGAGAAUCUGCACACAUGUGAUCAGUGUGGGAAAAGUUUCUUAAUAAAAAGAGGCCUUAAUAAACACAUGAAAAUCCACACUGGAAAGAAUCUGCACACAUGUGAUCAGUGUGGGAAAAGUUUCUUAAUAAAAAGAGGCCUUAAUGUACACAUGAAAAUCCACACUGGAGAGAAUCUGCACACGUGUGAUCAGUGCGGGACGAGUUUUAUGUAUCAAGAGAGCCUGAAGAGUCACAUGAGAAUCCACACUGGAGAGAAGCCGUACACGUGUGAUCAGUGCGGGAAGAGAUUUGCACAUGUACGCAGUUUUAAAUCACAUCUGCUUUCUCAUUCUGGAGAAAGACCAUAUAGCUGUGAUCAAUGUGGUAAAUCAUAUUUUUCAGCAUCAUCCCUGAAGAUCCACCUGAACGUGCAUUCAAAGGAGAAGCCUUACAUGUGUUCUUUGUGUGGAAAGAGUUUUAGUCUGCUGAGAGCUUUGAAAUUACACCAGAAAAGACACAGUGGUGUGAGGAAUCAUGUGUGCUUUGAUUGUGGAAAGACCUUUAUUACAGAUCAUGAAGUGAAACAGCAUCAGAUGAUCCACACUGGAGAAAAACCUUACAAGUGUUCACAUUGUGACAAGAGAUUCAGUCAGUCAAGCAUCCUGAAAACACAUCUGAGGGUCCACACCAGAGAGAAAGCUUACAAGUGUUCUCACUGCGACAAGAGAUUCAAAUGGUCAGAAACCAUGAAAAAACAUGAGAGGACCCACACUGGAGAAACACCUUAUAAGUGUUCACACUGUGACAAGAGUUUCAUACAGUCAGGAAACCUGAAAUCACACAUGAGGAUCCACACUGAAGAAAAACCUUACAAGUGUUCACAUUGUGACAAGAGAUUCAAAUGGUCAGAAUCAGGAAACCUGAAGGCACACGAGAGGAAUCACACUGGAGAAAAACCUUACAAGUGUUCACUCUGUGGCAAGUGUUUCAAUCAGUCAGCACAUCUGAAAUCACACGAGAGGAUCCACACUGGAGAAAAACCUUACAAGUGUUCUCACUGUGACAAGAGUUUCAGUCAGUCAGCACAUCUGAAAAAACAUGAGAGGAUCCACACUGGAGAAAAACUUUACAAGUGUUCACACUGUGAGAACAGUUUCAGUCAGUCAGUAAACCUGAAAAGACAUGAGAGAGUGAUCCACACUGGAGAGAAGCCGGACCACUGCCCUCCUCGAGGGAAGAGUUUCACUCAUUUAUCUUCUUUACAACAAGCGACAGGACAAUGA